UGCUACGGCAUUUUAAAACGUAGUUAAAUUUUAAGUAUCAUUAAUAUAAUAGUAAGGUUAGCAUUAUGCAGCCUCCGUCAAAUAAAUUGCCAGCGAAAAAAAGACCCAAUGUAAGGGCAAAGAAGGACCUGAUCCCUUGUAAGGACAACCAUUUCGACAACAAUGUUAGUCACAAGAAUCGUAAGAAAACUUACCUCAAUUUGUAUAUACUUGGUAAAUUAUGGAUAGACCUCCUCAGCAAAGCUUUGGUUGGAGAAAAGUUUGAUAUCACGUCCGCGAAAGCGACGCAAACGAGGGAAUCGCUGCUAAAAAACGAAAUGAAAUCACAACCGCCAAAAAUACAAUAUCAAAGUUCACUUGUAAAGUACAAAGAUGUGCCUGUAUACCAGGAUCAAAAUGUUCAAUAUAAAGAGAAGGAUAUGAAGAAUUUUUUUAUAGAUAACGUUACGCGUUUGAAGACUUUUCUCGUCCCCCGCGUGGGCUACUACAGAACGACUCUACAGAAGAGUUUCAGUGACCUCAAAACCUACAUGCUGAACGAAUUCGAGCGACGAAAGGACGACGUGCUUAAAACUAGAGAGAAAUUCCGCGAAAACAUGAGAGAUCCAGGCAAACUACCUUAUAGAUAUACUGCUGCUGCCACUGGGGGCAUAACUGGCUAUCUUCUUGCAGCUGGUGGAGGAAUACCACGUCGUGUACUCUUCACCAGUCUGGGUAUGCUGGGCACGGGAGUGGUCUGCUUCCCCAAUGAGAGUGACAAUAUCGUGAAGAGCGUCAUCUAUGGUGCUGCUAAGACCUGCGUGUAUUUAUACAAUACUGUAACAGACGACCAACUACUGCUGAAAAAGGAUGUUUCUGUUGACAAGAAAGAGAUGCCUAAUGUAAAAGCCGUGAAAUGUUCUACCUCCACAAUAAAAUAAUUGCAACAGGUAAUUAAUUAAUGUUUGAAACGUUUGUUGCAAUGCAGCCAGCGUGCAAGUGUUAAAGAGUCUAUUAUAAAUGUGAUAAAGUUAAAUAUUUUCGUAAAUGUUGUAACAUUAAUAAUA